ACAAUUUUGACAUUAGUUAUGUCCAAAAAUUCUUAAUUUUUACUAAUUUCCAAAUAUGUAAUUAUAGUCUAUUACUAAAUUAAUACUGUUUAAAUUAGUUGGCGGACAAUGAAUGUUAAUCUUUCGUCCUUCAGUUACUGGGCUUUGGACCCACACUUCAUGGAUACUGAACAAGAAUUUGAAGACAAGACAAAAUUAUUUUACCAAUCUGCAAUGUGUUUAAUGAAUCCUAAACAGGACCCGCCGAUUUUCAGCAAGCCUGUGACUGCUUUUCCACCUGAACCUAAUCCUUGUGAGUGUAGAGAACCUGAAAAUUAUAGUGUUCCUCAUCACGAUGAGCGAAUUCUAAAAUUUACUCAAACAAAUGAGACCAUUGAAGUUGAAUUGGAAAGCCAGAAGCCUCCAUUGCCUUCUCAAGUUUUAAUAAAAGACCCAGAGAAAUAUAAAAGUGAGGACAGACCGUAUAAAUGUUCGAGGCCUAUGUGUAAUAAGACAUUUCUUUUAAAACACCAUCUAACAACACAUGAAAAGACGCAUACAGGAGAGAGACCUCAUGUUUGUGUACAUUGUGGAAAGAGUUUUACUCAUAAGUAUUGCUUAAAUACCCAUUUAUUAUUGCACUCAAAUGAAAGACCAUAUCAGUGUCCGGAAUGCAAAAAGCGUUUUACUUUAAAACAUCAUUUAAUGAGUCACACAAAUGUUCAUAGAAGAGAGAGACCUUUUCAUUGCGGUGAGUGUGGAAAAAGUUUUCCGCUAAAGAAGCAACUGAUCACGCAUGAAAAAUAUCAUAAAGGUGAAAGACCAUAUGUAUGUAAGGAUUGUGGUGAUACAUUUGCUCAAGAAAAUCAUUUGGUGAUGCACCUAAGAUUUCAUGGUUCUUUGACUUCCUUUGUAUGUAGAGAUUGUGGAGCAACCUUUACUAGGAAAUUUGAGCUAGAUAACCAUGAAAAGCUUCAUGGAAAACAACCUUUAAUUUGUCCAACUUGCAACAAAGAAUUUUUACAAAAGCGAACUCUCCUAGCUCACAUAAAGUCUCACGAAAGUAAAACCACUUGUAGACAUUGCGGUACGACCUUCCCCGACGAGAGGACUUUGGAGGCCCAUCUAGCCACGGUUCAUAUGUACAGAGACAAACAUCCUCCUCUCCCGCCUAAGUCGAUGAGUCCCCCGCCGAAAACCAAGGGCUCGCCCCGAUCCAACAAGAACAAAAAGUACUUUUGCGACAUCUGUUUCCGGAAGUUCAGCGCCAAGCACGGCCUCACCCAGCACAAGAAACGUCAACAUAAUAUAGGAGGCAAUUUGUUCGCCUGCCACAUAUGCAACAAAAGCUUUAGGGAGAAAAACGAGCUUUUAAUGCAUAAACACAUUCCUUAGUAGAGACAGCUAUUUGGGGUUAUGUAAUAAGGAGUAUAGGAAAAAACUUAUACAAUUGUAGUUUCGUUCCAACACAGAAAAAUUUAUCUUUCUAGAUCGGUAAUUGGGAUCACCGGGAUCGGAUUUGUACAGGGUGGGUCAAAUUGGACGCUUUUAAAGGGAAACACCCUUUUCUAUAGGAGAUAGACCAAAACUAAUAUCGGUGUCUGGA